UGUCAAAAAAUGAAGGACGACAAUUUAACCGAAAACGUAACCAAGAUUUUCCAAGAUGCUCCCGCCGCAAGGAAGGCUCUUCUUGACAAUUAUGACAAUCUCUUAAAAGUGGCCGAAUACUGCGAGAGCAAUUAUUGUAAGGUGGAGGACACCAGGCGUGUGGUGGAGGAGUCCAAGGCCUACACCAAUCAGGCGUUGGCCAGCGUGACCUAUCAGAUCAACCGUCUGGCCUGCGACGUGCUGCGCCUGCUGGACACCCAGACCACCCAGCUGAGGAGGAUGGAGUCCUGCGUACACCUCCUCAACCAGUCGGUGAGCGUCCACAAGGAGAAGGUGGCCCGGCGUGAGAUCGGCCGGCUGACGGUGGAGAACAAAGUACCCCGCGAGAAGCAGAUCGUGGCCCCAGAGCGCCCCGUAGUGGUGCCGGAGUACAAGCGCACCCCCAUAUCCUACACCGUCCUGGACUCUCUGGGACACGGCCUAUGGGAUGGAACGAAACCAGCGGAGAAUGCGACCCCUGCCCCCCAGCCUGAGGCUAACCCUGUUGAAGAGGACCCUGCUACCAGGGCUCUGUAUGGCAUUGCUGUGGCACCUCCCUCUGUGCCAGACUGGUCUCCCCAGAGUGCCCCGUCCGACUCCGGUUCCUCAUGCCCACCUCCUCCUCCACCUCCCAACUCCUCCGGUGUCCCUCCACCUCCUCCUCCUCCUCCCAUGGGGGGAGGUGCUCCUCCACCUCCUCCUCCUCCCCCACCUUCUGGAGGCUCCAUCCCACCACCACCUCCACCUCCUCCUGGUCCUUAUGGAGCUGCUAAUGUUCCUCCACCUCCUCCACCACCUCCCCUUGGUUCUUCAGGUGCUCCUCCACCGCCUCCUCCGCCACCUCCUCCUCCCGGUGCACCAGCUAAUUCUGUCCCCCCGCCACCACCACCUCCACCACUUGGCUCCUCUGGAAGUAACAUUCCCCCACCUCCUCCUCCUCCUCUUGGGAGCCAAGGUGGUGCGCCACCUCCACCACCCCCUCCUCCUCCUCCUCCCAUGUCAAGAUAGAGUUACCUCAAGAGUGGUACGAAUUCUGCCGCAAACUGCUACGCCCAAGCAACAUGGACUUACAAAAGGAAAAUACAAUUCAGGACUCCAUUUCUUGAAAUUAGCAUCAUUGCUAAUCAGUUAGCCACACAGUUGGGGUGCAUUCCAAUAUGCACACUCCCGUCCUCCACUUAUGCUUAUGGCCUCGCCCCGCCU